AUGCGGCAGGAGCAGGAGGAACGAGGUUGGGGCGGCCAGGGCGGGGAGGUGACGCUGCGGCAGGCGCUGUGGGUCGACGACCGCUACGCGGUGCGCUGCCGCGGCUGCGACGCCCGCUUCCACGUCAUGCGGCGCCGCCACCACUGCCGCAACUGCGGCCAGGUGUUCUGCAGCGAGUGCCUGAUCGCCUCCUCGACGACGCGGCUCGGGGACAUCCUCACGGGCGUGCUCUCCUCCCUGGUUGGGCUGCAGCGCGAGCCGCUGGCCAAGCUGUGCUACAAGUGCGACCGCCUCCUGCGGGAGCGCGGCAUGGGGCGGCGGCGGGGCUGGCGCGGGAUGCUGCCGCCGCGAGGAGGGCAGCUGACUCUGCUGCCGGCGACGGUGACGCGUGGGGGAGGCGGGCGCGGGGAGCCGCGCCACGGCACAGCCACGACGGCGGCGGCAGCGGAUGUCACGUCCGUGGAGACACACACGCAGAUGGAGUUGCCCCGUCCUUUGGGCGAAGACGCGGCGGCGGCGUCUGCUGCCGCCUCUCCGGUCACAUUCUUGAGCGGCACCGCCUCGAGCGACGUGCUGCAGCAUCCUCGGCAUCCGCGCCUGCCGACGCAUCCGGAGGGUGCGAGAGAAGAGGAAAUAGCAUGUGGGUUGACGGACGCCCCACUGUAUAGCCGGAACAGCUUGGCCGACGCGGUUGCUAAGCUGCUCAAAGAAACACGUAAGCUGCAAACGAAGGCGUCUCCGGAGCAGUCACAGAGCGUCAGUGUGGCCCGCACCUACACGCCGCAUCCAAAGGCGAGCUUCCGUCGUGCGGGCGUUCGCCUGGGGCCGGGCCAUGUUGCCAGUGUCUUCUCCCAGUCUACUUCCAAAAGCAGCCUGCAGCGGCUUGAAACACAGUGCUCGUACCACCUCAUUAAACGUGCGUCGCGGCUGUUUAUGCGGGAGGAGGCCUUGGCGUCCUCAAGCGGGGAGCCUGCGGGGAUGGAUCGCGUGCAGUGGAUCGCGGGGCUGUGCGACAUAUCCUGGCGUGUGGUGUCGCAGCUGCCUGUGGUUCUGUACGAGCGCAUUAACCAGCGUGUGGAGGUUAUUUGCAUUCCCGGUGGCCGGUUUGCCGACACGGAGAUCAUCACCGGGGUCGCCUUCGUUCAGAACAUUGCCUUCAAACGCAUGAAAACAUUCGUGGCGGCCCCGCGCCUACUUCUCUUGGCCGGUGACGUGGGCACGGCCCUAAAUCCCAGGGCCGACCUCCUGGAGCACGUCGCGGGGUAUGAGGGCCACCUAGACACGCAGUACCAUCGCAUCCACAUCUGGCGCCCCUCAGUUAUUGUGGUGGGGGGCAACAUGCAUCAUUACUUGCAGGAUAAAAUUCUUCGCCUGACCGACGCCACACUGAUCCUCCACGCCGGGAAGGCAAUCCUGCAAAGACUUGCACGUUGUUGCAAGGCAAGCAUCGUUACUGACUUGCAGUACAUCGGUGCCGCCGACCUGCGUGACGACUCCGUGCUUGGGACAUGUGAGAGCUUUCAAGUCGUCCACCACGGUGACAAGCCUGUGUGCAUUUUCAAGGCGCCGCAGGUGCCGCUGUUUUCUACCGUCCUCCUUCGCGGGGCGGACGCACCUCGGCUAACCGUCGUCAAGCGACUCUUGCUCAACUGCGUGGCGACUGCCUAUCACCUUACCCUCCAGGCGCAUUGUAUGUUUGACUUGGGUGUGAUGUGCGCCGAGUCGCCCUCCACCCCGCAACUGUGA